UCGCCGGCGCCGCUGCCUGCGCGGGACUCGCGGAGCGGCACUGGGCAUGCUCAGUCGCCGGAGCCCGUCCUGGUCUCAAGUAGGAAGCUCGUGCGCUGCACCCGCAGCUGAUCCGGGCGCUCCGGGAAAGGCGAGACUGGAGCAGAGCCGCCGGGCGCCGGUGCCGGAGCGAGCGCGGCGCGCACCGCCGGUCGGAGCUGCUGUGGGUGAGCUGCUGUGGUCUGUGGCCAAGCAUGCUGCUGUGGCCGGAUCUGCCCAGCCGUGGAACAGAAACAUUUGCUGGAUGGAAAAUCCAUAAAAGAAAGCUCCUGUGAAAGCCGGAGACCGAUGCUAAUUAAGUAAAAUCAGCAAACCAUCUCCAUCUUUCCUGAGUACUUGGAAACUGCUGAGGCCCCUGCUAAUGUGCUGACCAGUCACUAUGGGCAGACGGUACCCGGAGGCUCCCUGUCACCCAGGCAGCUCAUAUUUCAAAUUAUAACCUAGUUCCUGCACCACUACUGGCGACCCCGUGACCCAUGUCCGAAGUACUUCCAGCUGACGCGGGUGUAGACACCGUGGCAGGGUUUAUGGCCAGCAGCGGAGCCACAGACAUCACGAAUCGAAACAGCCCGGCCACACCACCAAAUACCCUUCAUCUCCGUUCCUCCCAUAAUGAACUGUUGAAUGCGGAGAUAAAACACACCGAAACCAAGAACAGCACGCCCCCCAAAUGCAGGAAAAAAUAUGCACUAACUAACAUCCAGGUGGCGAUGGGCCUCUCUGAUCCAGCUGCACAGCCCCUGCUGGGAAACGGCUCUGCCAACAUCAAGCUGGUGAAAAAUGGGGAGAACCAGCUCCGGAAGGCUGCAGAACAAGGACAGCAGGACCCCAACAAAAAUGUCAGCCCCACGGCGGUCAUCAACAUAACUUCUGAGAAGUUAGAGGGCAAAGAGCCCCACCCGUGUGAUUCCUCAGGCUGUGAAAUUUUACCCUCCCAACCACGGAGAACCAAGAGCUUCCUAAAUUACUAUGCAGACCUGGAAACCUCAACCAGAGACCUAGAGCAGAACUCGGGCAACCAGCACGGGGUUGUGGAAGAGAAGUCCCAGCUGGGCCAGGGCCUGGCUUCCACCAUCAUUGGGAAUGGCGAGGUGCUGCCACAGAAACCAAACAAAGCCCAGUUCAGCCCUGAAGAUGGCCAAGUGGCCACAGUGUCAUCCAGCCCAGAGACCAAGAAGGAUCAUCCUAAAACGGGGGCCAAAACUGAUUGUGCGCUACACCGGAUCCAGAACCUGGCACCGAGCGAUGAGGAGUCCAGCUGGACAACACUGUCCCAAGACAGUGCCUCACCCAGUUCCCCGGAUGAAACAGAUAUAUGGAGUGAUCACUCCUUUCAGACUGAUCCAGAUUUGCCGCCUGGCUGGAAGAGAAUAAACGACAUCGCUGGGACAUAUUAUUGGCACAUACCCACAGGGACGACUCAGUGGGAACGCCCCGUCUCCAUCCCAGCCGAUCUUCAUGGUUCUAGGAAAGGGUCACUUAGUUCUAUAACGCCAUCUCCCACCCCAGAGCACGAGAAACAGCCAUGGAGUGAUUUUGCUGUUCUGAAUGGGGGAAAGAUUAAUAGUGACAUUUGGAAGGAUUUGCAUGCAGCCACAGUUAACCCGGACCCCAGUUUAAAAGAGUUUGAAGGAGCAACACUCCGCUAUGCAUCUUUGAAACUCAGAAAUGCCCCACGUGCUGAUGAUGACGAUUCUUGCGGUAUCAAUAGUGACCCAGAAGCCAAGUGUUUCGCUGUGCGCUCUCUGGGAUGGGUGGAAAUGGCAGAGGAGGACCUCGCCCCUGGCAAAAGUAGCGUUGCAGUCAACAACUGUAUCAGGCAACUUUCUUACUGCAAAAAUGACAUCCGGGACACAGUCGGCAUCUGGGGAGAGGGGAAAGACAUGUACCUGAUCCUGGAGAACGACACGCUCAGCCUGGUGGACCCCAUGGACCGCACUGUGCUCCACUCUCAGCCCAUCGCCAGCAUCCGAGUGUGGGGCGUGGGCCGCGACAAUGGCCGAGAUUUUGCUUAUGUAGCAAGAGACAAAGAUACAAGAAUUUUGAAAUGUCAUGUGUUUCGAUGUGACACACCAGCAAAAGCCAUCGCCACAAGUCUCCACGAAAUCUGUUCCAAGAUUAUGGCCGAACGGAAGAAUGCCAAAGCCCUGGCCUGCAGCUCCUUACAGGAAAGAGCCAAUGUGAACCUCGACGUGCCCUUACAAGUAGAUUUUCCGACACCAAAGACUGAGCUGGUGCAGAGGUUCCACGUGUGGUACUUGGGCAUGUUACCCGUCGACAAGCCAGUCGGAAUGGAUACUCUGAACAAUGCCAUAGAAAAUCUUAUGACCUCAUCCAACAAGGAGGAUUGGCCAUCGGUGAACAUGAAUGUGGCAGAUGCUACUGUGACCGUCAUCAGUGAAAAGAAUGAAGAGGAAGUCUUGGUGGAGUGCCGCGUGCGAUUCCUGUCCUUCAUGGGCGUCGGGAAGGAUGUCCAUACGUUUGCCUUCAUCAUGGACACCGGGAACCAGCGCUUCGAGUGCCAUGUUUUCUGGUGCGAGCCUAACGCGGGUAACGUGUCGGAGGCGGUGCAGGCCGCCUGCAUGUUACGAUACCAGAAGUGCUUGGUAGCCAGGCCGCCUUCCCAGAAAGUUCGACCACCUCCUCCGCCAGCAGACUCAGUGACCAGACGGGUCACAACCAAUGUAAAACGGGGGGUCUUAUCCCUCAUUGACACUUUGAAACAGAAACGCCCUGUCUCAGAGACACCAUAGCUGCAUAUGUUAAAGGAUUCUGGAAUAUGUACCUGAAGAUUGAGUAGCUACACUAAAGAAGAUGAACUGAUACCUGGCCUUCCAUUCAGUUGCUGAUGCUUUGUCUUCAGAGAAUUAAUCCUUAACCAAACAGUGUUAGACAAGCAUGUUCUCUUGUCUUGCCACCAUCCUGUGAUAUGAAAAGAAGCAUGACUAAUUUUUUUUGCUAUCAGUCAGAUACAUCCUGAGCAGUGGAAGGUCUUUUUCUUACUGUAAAUAUGGUGACCAUUACUUGAUUUCACGCACACGGAGAAGAAUGUGGCCACAGCCCUCCUCGUGAACUACAGCUGAGUCCUUGGGGCGAAUGGCGCCAGAGUUAGUUUCACUGUCUUCUGGACUGGAUCUGUCGCAAGCACUUGGCCCCGUGUCCAACCUUGGAGUAGCCAGCGCGUACCAGAUACCAUGGAUUUGCUGUAAAAAUAGGAUGAGGAGUUUUUGUUUCAGUCUUUCACGAAAUCAAACCUUUUGGUUGACAACACUGGCUGUCGGCAUCAGAACAGAAACCAGCCGGCGGCUUUCCUUGACGAGCUCUUGGACGCACGGACGCCAUUUCAGGUCUACAGCUGCUUGUGGGAUGUUGGGGGCAGAAGUGAAACUUCAGAAUUGAAAAGCAAACCAAAUUUGAGCAAUUAAAAUCGAGCAAAAAAAUAGCCUUUCUAGAUGGCUUUCAAACCGAUUAUUUAAAAAAAAAAAGAAAAAUGAAAGAAAAUCAUAAUGCAUUUUGGGUGGGACAUAUUUCAAACUUCUGCCUUAUAUUGUACAAUACAGCUAGAGAAUUAUAGUUCACUAUGGCCAUUCUCUACACAAACAACGUUAAAAUGAAAUAUUUCUCCUACGCCUUUCAUCCUUAGUUUGAUAAGUAGCCAAUAUGCAAUUUGGAGUUGAGGAAAUGUCAUUUAUAUUUUGGGUCUCCACCACAUUAUUAUGUUGGUCUUCCUAGUGAAACGUUCUGCUAGGAUUCCAUAUCCAGCUCAGUCUUACCCUCAUGCUUUUUGCCCAGAAAGCUGUCUGUCCAUCAUGUAUUGUCCAUGGCAACAAAUUACAUUAAAUUGAACCUUUCUGAAGUUAUGUAUUUAAUAUUAGAAUUUGUUGGACUUUACUAGAUAUAUUUUUAAAUUUCUAUUUUUUUCAAGAUUAAAAAAUUUCAUAUCAGAGCUAAAUAUACAUAGCAACACUGGACUGCUUAACAAGUUUCCCCAAAAUAGCAUUUUCCUGCUUCUCUUUUCUCACCUAUAAAGAUACACAGAUUUAGACUCUUGUUGACAUUAUCUUAAAAGGAAGUUGCUAAGGAGACCAAUCUAAAUAUUAGUCUUAUUUACUUUUUAAUGUCAAAAUUAACAUUUUAAGACAUCCAGUUAUAAAAAGUAACACUUUAUCUACUGCGAUGUAUUUGUUAAAACGGCUUCCACAUUCUUACCCCAUUUGAGCCUUAUGAGGUAGAGAAAGGUACUAAACACAUUUGAGAAAUAAAAAUAUGUAUAAAGUACCAAGAGGCUCAAUCAUGUAGCCUAAGAUCUCUCAGAAGUUUGCGAGAGAACCAGGACGAGAACCCACGCUUCCCAGCUCUGUUGUAAGUCAUGCUACUUCCACAUCAGUGAGGAAGGGUCUCUCCACAGUUAACUCUGGGCAUGUCCGGUUAGUGUCAAGAAAUCUUAGAAUUCCCUGUAGGAGGAGGGGAAUACAUCCAAGUUCCUCACACAGCAGUCUUAAUCAUAAAACCAUUGCCCUGUCUCAGUCCAGGCCUCUUUCCCUGCAGCGUGCCUCAAACGUGUUGUAGAGGACAGGAUCUUACAUGCCGUGCAGCCUCUUCAACUUCCGAGAUUUCCCAGAGGUGGUGGUGCUGGUGGUAGAGACCGUCCUAACUCAUGGUACUUAGCCACCGGAGAACAUAAUGGAGUAGGUGGCCUCCUGCCCCUGCUCCCUCAGAAUUCUGGGACUGUUUGCUAGCGCUCUAGUGUUACGACAAAAAAGAUGCCGCCCUAGAAAUGAAUUCUACUUCUCACCAGCCUAUGUACUAUUCUAUCUGAAAUAACCAGUGCCGCCAUAAGAAAUUAUUGCGUUAAGAAAAUCCUUAGUUUGCCCUUUGAAAAGCUGUUCAAAAUUCAAUCACAAUGAUCUUUCAUCUCGAUCUCCACAGUGAAAGGUUUUAGUGAUAAAAAUUCUAAGUCACCCACUUUUAUGUCGGAAAUCUCUACCAGAACCCACUGUUGAAUUUUUAAGGCAUACCUUUGCUUGUUUUCAGGAUCAAGAAUACUGAGCUAGCUUUAAGUAGCAAACUGAUUGAUAUAUGCAAUUAUAGGAUGUGUUAAGAUGAACGAUAGCCUUUACAUACUGAAAACUUUACUGCAGAUAUUGUUUUGAAAACAGCUUUGCGUCCUAAAUGCAAUUAAUUUUUUGUAAGAUUCAUUACGUUAAACAGAGCGUUCGGACACUUUCUGCCAUGGCCAAAAAGUACGUGUGUCGGUCUGUGUGCACUUCUCUGGGAGAGGGCGUGGUGUCUCAGCUGACGCUGUGGUGACACUCGGGUUAUCUAUGCAUCUUCUUUAGACCUGCCACGCGGUAAACGGGCGGCCGUGUCCGCUCUGCCUCGUUCGUCUUACCAUUGUUUUAAUUAACCUGUUAAAUACGGCUUGAAAUAUUUUUAUUUUAUUUAUUCUAUUUUUACUGAAAUAUACUGCAUUAUUGUGUUAAUGUAUUAUCUUUACUGGAUAGUAUCUCACAGUGUAUCCAGGCCUAAGCGAUCUCAGUGAACUAUACGUCACCUAAAAGGUGGUUUUGUAAUGAUUUGUAGUCACAUUUUUAUUGGAAUAUGUAGAAGAAAUGGCAAAAUGCUCAAAGGUCCUUUUAUUUUUUAAAAGCAGCUAGACAGACGCAGACUUGCCACCUCAUCUAUGUGCUCCUUGGCGGCAUCAAGGGGAACAGCCAGCAGGCCUCUGGCAAAAACUUUACUUUGCAAACCAAAAGCACUGCGCGGUGCUUUGUUUUUAUAUCCGUCACAGCACAUGUGAUCUCCCCUCAAAGACACAUGUCCACAAGCCCUUUGUUUCCACCUGGAUAUAAGAUCACCCAUAGCCACUUAGGACAUUGUUUUCUGUUUGUGUCUGUCUGGUUGCAUGAAGGGACAUUAGACCCAUUUCCAUUAAAGUAAGUUCUUCGUGAUAAACUGUUGGCACUGCUACUUUUUUAAAAAUCCAGUCUGAUUUUAUGAUGGAGAUUUGUAAGACCAUUCUACACAAGGUCACUUACUAGAAAGCCCAAAAUCUUUCCUCCUUUUCUUGUAUGACACACUCAUUUCAUAAGCAUCACAACACAAAUUCAAGAUUUCACAAACAACGGGAAAAACCUAUCCCUAACUGAUGCUAGCACAAUUUAACUAGUAAAACCAUUAGCUCUCUAGUUUGCCAGGCUUCCUUAACCUAAUACACAGCUGACAUGUGUGUUACACAGCCAGGAAAAUGAAAUUUAAUUUAUUUCAGCUUCAGAGAAAAGAUUCAGCUCACACUUUAUCAGUGAGAGCACUCCCUGCCAUCCAAAGCAGCUUGUUUAUCCUGAAAGAACGUUUGCUUUUGCUUUCUGCCCCGUUUGCUGUUGACCACUUUUACACAUUUUAAUGUAAUAUGUUGUGAGAAUAAACUUAGCUGCAUAAAACGUCUGGCUCGUUGAUCUGACAUCUCAAUCCUACAGACCCAGGAAUGGAAAUGCAAGUGUAGUGUCUCCAUGCUAGUCGUUUUAUUUUCAAAUGAUUCUUACCUCAAAUUAAAGAUCAUUUUAGUAAUGAAAGAUUCUGCUUGGAUUGUUAUUGCAGAUUUCCACCUGGUAAGAACUAGAAAGUAACUUUAAAUUUUGAGUAAUUUAUCACACUGCCCUUAUUUGUCAAUCAGCAAUGACAGCCGGCGUCCUUAGUCACCAACUCGAGACUUGUGGAAGCCGUCUUCCUCGUAUCAAGAUAGUCUAGCUUUCGUUCUUUUUAAGAACCUGACGUCAAAGAACGAA